GGCGGCGGCCUCCGGACCUGGCUGCUGGCUGGCAGGAGCACCGGCCGGGAAGCCGCACCGUUCGCGCAGGGACCCCACUUUUCACGGACCCCGCCUCUCCCAAGGAGGGCGGUGGCCGCUCACCUCGGAGUCCGUGAGGAGGGUGGUUUGGGGAAGGUUUUGGGGACGGACUUGAAAGAAAAGGUUCUGAGACUUGGGGGAGGGUUGUAUUUGGGUAUUUUGGGGGCAGGCACUGGUAUAAAGGGGAUGGAGGCUGGAGUGUCCGCUGCAGACGUCCGGGCAAGAUUUUGGAGCCCAGACGUGGCUUGGGGUUAACGGAGCCGGGAUUGGGGGGACCGGGCCCCACGUGCCUGUGACGCGGGGGCGCCCGCUAGGCGGCGGCGGCGGCGACGCGGGGCCGGCGGCCCUGCGGUGCGGGAGGGCGGCUGGGCAGGCUGCAGGGAUGCUGCGCGGCGCGCUACCCCUGCUCGGGCUGCCCCUGGCGGGAGCGGAGACAACCGAAGAGCCCACCCAGGAUCCGGGGUCGCCUGGCGAGCCGCCCCUAGGCUUGGCGCUCUUCCGCUGGCAGUGGCACGAGGUAGAGGCGCCCUAUCUGGUGGCUCUGUGGAUCCUGGUGGCCAGUCUGGCCAAAAUCGUGUUCCAUCUAUCCCGGAAGGUCACAUCACUGGUUCCUGAGAGCUGCCUGCUGAUUCUGUUGGGCUUGGUGCUAGGGGGCAUUGUCUUGGCCGUGGCCAAGAAAGCAGAGUACCAGCUGGAGCCCGGCACCUUCUUCCUCUUCUUGCUGCCCCCUAUUGUGCUAGACUCGGGCUAUUUCAUGCCCAGUCGGCUGUUUUUUGACAACCUGGGUGCCAUCCUCACCUAUGCCGUCGUGGGCACACUUUGGAAUGCCUUCACAACCGGCGCUGCCCUCUGGGGCUUGCAGCAGGCCGGACUUGUGGCUCCCCGAGUACAGGCUGGCCUGCUGGACUUCCUGCUGUUUGGCAGCCUCAUCUCGGCGGUGGACCCCGUGGCCGUGCUGGCUGUCUUUGAGGAGGUGCAUGUCAACGAGACACUCUUCAUCAUCGUCUUCGGGGAGUCCCUGCUCAAUGAUGCAGUCACUGUGGUGCUGUACAAGGUCUGCAACUCCUUUGUGGAGAUGGGCUCUGCCAGAGUGCAGGCCACUGACUACCUGAAGGGCGUCGCCUCCCUGUUUGUGGUCAGUCUGGGCGGGGCAGCCGUGGGCUUAGUCUUUGCCUUCCUCCUGGCCCUGACCACACGUUUCACCAAGCGGGUCCGCAUCAUCGAGCCACUGCUGGUGUUCCUCCUCGCUUAUGCAGCCUACCUCACUGCUGAAAUGGCCUCGCUGUCUGCCAUACUUGCGGUGACCAUGUGUGGCCUGGGUUGUAAGAAGUAUGUGGAGGCCAACAUUUCCCACAAAUCCCGCACAACUGUCAAAUACACAAUGAAGACUCUGGCCAGCUGCGCUGAGACCGUCAUCUUCAUGCUGCUUGGCAUCUCAGCCGUGGACUCCUCUAAGUGGGCCUGGGACUCUGGGCUGGUGCUGGGCACCCUCUUCUUCAUCCUGUUCUUCCGAGCCCUCGGCGUGGUCCUGCAGACGUGGGUGCUCAAUCAGUUCCGGCUGGUCCCUCUGGACAAGAUUGACCAGGUGGUGAUGUCCUAUGGGGGUCUGCGGGGGGCUGUGGCCUUUGCUCUCGUCAUCCUCCUGGACAGGAAAAAGGUCCCUGCCAAAGACUACUUUGUGGCUACCACUAUUGUGGUGGUCUUCUUCACAGUCAUCGUGCAGGGCUUGACCAUCAAGCCGCUAGUCAAGUGGCUGAAGGUGAAAAGGAGUGAGCAUCACAAACCCACCCUGAACCAGGAGCUGCAUGAGCACACUUUUGACCACAUUCUGGCUGCAGUGGAGGACGUUGUGGGGCACCAUGGCUACCACUACUGGAGGGACAGGUGGGAGCAAUUUGACAAGAAGUACCUGAGUCAACUGCUGAUGCGGCGAUCAGCCUACCGCAUCCGGGACCAGAUCUGGGAUGUGUACUACAGACUCAACAUCCGGGAUGCCAUCAGCUUUGUGGACCAGGGAGGCCAUGUCUUAUCUUCCACAGGCCUGUCUCUGCCCUCUAUGCCUAGCCGCAAUUCCGUGGCAGAGACCUCUGUCACCAACCUGCUGAGGGAGAGUGGCAGUGGAGCAUGCCUGGACCUGCAGGUGAUUGACACAGUGCGCAGUGGCCGCGACCGUGAGGAUGCUGUGAUGCAUCACCUGCUGUGUGGAGGCCUGUACAAGCCGCGGCGCAGGUACAAAGCCAGCUGCAGCCGCCACUUCAUCUCAGAGGAUGCACAGGAGCGGCAGGACAAGGAAGUCUUCCAGCAGAACAUGAAGCGGCGACUGGAGUCCUUUAAGUCCACCAAGCACAACAUCUGCCUCACCAAGACCAAGCCCCGACCACGCAAGGCUGGCCGCAAGAAGAAGGAUGGUGUGGCUAGUGCUGAAGCUACAAAUGGGAAACCACCUCAAGACCUGAGCUUUCAGGACACAGCUGCUGUGAUGCUAACCGUGGAGUCAGAGGAGGAGGAGGAGAGCGACAGCUCAGAGACGGAGAAGGAAGAUGAUGAGGGGAUCAUCUUUGUGGCCCGGGCCACCAGUGAGGUUCUCCAAGAGGGCAAGGUCUCAGGAAGCCUUGAGGUGUGUCCCAGCCCACGCAUCAUCCCCCCAUCUCCAACCUGUGCAGAGAAGGAGCUGCCCUGGAAGAGUGGGCAGGGGGACCAGGCAGUCUACGUGUCCUCAGAAACCACCAAGAUCGUGCCCGUGGACAUGCAGAUGGGCUGGGACCAGAGCCUUUCUUCCCUGGAGAGCCUGGCAUCCCCGCCCUGCACCCAGGCCCCACCCCUGCCCCGCUUGCCUGUUUGGCCCCUGGCUGCCGCUGCUGAGGAGCCCACACUGGACCUGCUUUCUGAUCCCCGCCCCAGCUUCGCCUUCCCCCCAAGCCUGGCCAAAGCUGGCCGCUCCCGCAGUGAGAGCAGCGCUGACAUUCCCCAGCAGCAGGAGUUGCAGCCCCUCAUGGGCCCCAAGGACCCCACUCGGCUCAGCCCAGGCACUGCAAACUCCCAUUGGUGCAUCCAGCUGAGCAGAGGUGGCCUGCUGUAGCCCAGGGCCCCGGGGAGGGAUGGAAUGGUGAGUUCCCAAGGGAGCCCCUCAGCCUGAUGUGGGGCCUCUGGGAAUGGUCCUCAUGGGGACCCUCCUCAUCAACCCUCCCUGAUCCUAACCCCUGCCACCUUUCAUUUUAGAAAUGCACCCACCUUCCUCACCAGGCCACAACUUCUAGGGGCUAAGGCUAGAGACUUGGGUAACUGAUGGCCCUUCCUCAGAGGGUCUUCUGUAGGCAGCUGCUCCAGGCCCAAAACCAAGACGUUGCUCCUCAACAGAUCCUGCCUGCCCCACUCUCCACACUGCCUCCUGCCAGCAUGUCUGAGACAGUGCCGUGGCAGUGAGGCUGAGCUGGCCCUAGAUGGCACUGGGGGAUGGGAGGUAGAGCAGGCCUCAACCUCGUGUUUGGCUACCCAUGUAGGGUCAGGUACCCAGUCAGUUUUUUCAGGGCAGUGCAGCUCUUCGCCUCCACUUUUUACAUCAGCCCUUCCCUGUGUUGUCAGGUGUUGAGGCA